GGUAAUCGAUAGCUUCAAUUCGCAGACCUAUUCGAUAGGCAUCGGGUUCCCUCACUCACAGUCGCACGAUCUCGUCGUCGGGUAUGCCUUGACCUCUAAGAAGAAAAAGAGCUUCUUGCAGCCCAAGCUUCUCUGCCUUGCUAGGUAUAAUCUCACUCACACCUAUUGCUAGGUAUAAUCUCCCUCACACCUAUUGCUAGGUAUACUCCUAUUCGUUUCCGUACACAUUCUUCCAUCAUUUCCAUCUAUUGCAUUCAAAUUCACCAUUUUUGUACAAUCCUCGAUGAUUAUUGCCUUUUAUCGCAUUGAAAUUGGCCAUUCUGUCACAUAGAAAUGUGCUUGUGUAUGUACAUGCUGUAUAUUUUUGCAGUAUGAAAUUCGUCAAGUUAAUUUCCUUAUAUGGGGUAACGCCCAAAGAUUUGGGGGUCUGUUUUCUUGUUUCUAUUUGUGUCCGAUACUUUUUCGGCAAAUCGCUUUUGCAGUGGUGGUUGUCUUUCUCGAUGGUGGUGAGAGACGAUCACUUUCGCGAAUCAAUCUCUUGCAGCUGUUUGGAUUGACUUUUUUAUUAUCGGUUUCACUUCUGGGUAUCUGCCUUUCGGAUUAGUCCACCAAUGAGGAACCAACCCGAAGUCAAGUUGCUUUACUCUCUAGUUUGUAUGAUUUAUCUUCUAUAAAAUUGAUCUGUUUACUGAAGAAUCUUGUCUUUUCCUUGUGAAGAAUGGUUAUUCCCCAAUUUGUCCCAAGAUUUCCUGCAAUUUAUUUAUUUAUUUAUUUUUUAUUUUUUCUAUUAACUGUUUGGACUAUUAGCUUGUGUUCCCUACAAAGGAGCUAAUGCAUCUGUACGAGGACUUUGUUAAAUAUUUUAUUAGAUAAUGUUUGUAGACUAUGUUCCAUGGAGCUUUUGUUGUAGAUGGCGGAUGGACCUUUCAUGUGUGUCAGCAGCUUGGAGCUUCAACUGGCAUUAAUUUACUCUGACCAUUAUGUAUGAAUAAGGGGAUAUUUUUUGUAGCCAUUGAUUUAAACAGGCCCCUGUCAGAACAAGGUCCUUUUGAUGUUGUUUUGCAUAAGUUGUCAGGAAAGGACUGGUGUGCCAAUAUUGAGAAUUUCAGGCAAAAAAAUCCGGAAGUAACAGUCCUUGAUCCUCCAUUUGCCAUAGAACAUCUGCACAAUCGUCAGUCCAUGCUGCAGGAUGUGGCAGAUCUAAACUUGUCUGACUGCCAUGGCAAGGUUGGUGUUCCAAGGCAGUUGGUCAUUAAAAAAGAUCCAUCUUCAAUUCCUUAUGAAGUGAAUAAAGCUGGGCUCAAGUUGCCUCUGGUUGCAAAACCUUUGGUUUUGGAUGGAAGUGCCAAGUCACAUGAACUAUUUCUUGCUUAUGAUCAGUUCUCCCUUGCAGAACUUGAACCUCCUUUGGUUCUCCAGGAGUUUGUUAACCAUGGUGGAAUUCUCUUCAAAGUUUAUAUUGUGGGGGAAAUCAUAAAGGUUGUAAGGCGUUUCUCUCUACCUAAUGUCAGUAAGCGCGAGCUAGAAAAAGUUGCUGGUGUGUUCCGUUUCCCAAGGGUUUCAUCUUCUGCAGCUUCUGCAGAUGAUGCAGAUCUGGAACCUAGUGUUGCUGAACAUCCUCCACAACCUUUGCUGGAGAAUCUAGCAAGGGAGCUCCGUCACCGAUUGGGUCUCCGGCUAUUCAACAUAGACAUGAUUCGAGAGCAUGGGACCAGAGAUGUCUUUUAUGUCAUUGACAUCAACUACUUUCCUGGCAAGUAUAACCUGUUUGCAUUGAAGCCAAAUUUACUCUAUUUUCUGAUUCGAUUUAGGUUGAGUUCAGUGUUGGAUUCUGGAACCUUUGAAUUGAAUGUGCUCUCUGACAAGUUUUCAUGUCUAUUGUCGAAAAUUGAAUAGUUCGUGCAGUUUUGAAAUUAUUUGUUUUGCUGUGAAAUGGGAAACAACCCGAAGAGGAGGAUCUUUAAAUGAUAAAACUUGCCCCAGAUUAAUGCAAAACAUCAUAUGUAACGACUUCGGAUUGGCUGGUUAUUUGCUUUCAUUCUUAUACAUCUGGAACAAAAUAUUUUUUAAGUAGGACUUAAGAGCUCUAUUUUGUCACUUCACAUUAUCAUCAUUACUCAAUUGUCAUUUUUGUUUUGAUUUUUCCCUGGGCGUUCAAAUACUUGAAAGCAAAGAGCUGUAACUUCUUUUAGCUGUUGACUGAAAUACAAGUCUUUCUGCUUCUAGUGAUUUUAAGCAUGAUCCAUCUUACACAGGAGCAAAUCAAGCUUUGGCCAAUUUAAUAAUAAUUUUGAAGAUGGCCAAUAAUUUUACCAAAACCUGAUGUUGCAGGUUCAAAUCCUUGAGCGUGAUUCUGUCCUUGUUAGUUUUUUGAGUAAUGAUACACACACAACACUCUUCACAACACUUUUCACAACACAUGAUAUAAAAUGAGGGAAUUUUUGUAAAGUGAUGUUAUUUUUAUAUAAUAUUUUACAAUAAUACCCCUCAUUUUAAAACAUGAUCAUGAAAUAUGUUAUGAAAAGUAUUGUAUGUUUAUCAAUUUUCUAGUUUUUAUCACUCAAAACGUUCAAUAGGAUUUAAUCACUUGCAUGCGCCCAUAACCUGAGUGUGGACUGGGAUAUGUUUACUGGUCGGAUUAGCCCAUCGCUAGGUCCAUGAAACUGUCAGUUAGUACACGUAAGCCUUUUUUUAGACAUGUAAGCACGACCGAAUUUCUGGUGUGUUUUUUUUUUUCUUUAUUGCACCUUGCAGUUGAAAGUGUAAACGUCAUGUCCAAUAUGUCUAGUUUCUUUUUGAAUUAUUUAUGUUAGAAUUGGAGCCUACAAAGGUAUUAAUCACCCUCCAGGAGAUAUGAAGCGAAUGUGAACGCCUCCUCACUCUAUCACACACUAGCACACUCAGACGCAUGCAUGGAUAAUUAACGUUGUCUCAUAUUUAUGUUUUGGAAGCACUGCAGGGUAUGGGAAAAUGCCGGAUUACGAGCACAUAUUUACAGAUUUCCUGCUGAGCCUUGUGCAGAGCAA